CUGGGAGUGUUUUCCAUGAUUGGUGGUGGUCGGCUGAAAUGUUGGUGUAGGUGGGUGGGAAAUUGAGAGACACGGGCAUGUCGCGUAGUGGGGUGUGCGCCAGACUUUUGACAACGAUUUCAGGAUCCCGUACGCAACACCUCGAAUCGAUGCUAGGUCAGUAUCUUGGUCCGAGAGAAGUUGAGAACAAUGGCCCCAGGAACACUCGUGCUCUUCCUCUUUGUUUUCGAGGCAAUCUUCGUUGCUACUUUCGUUCUGACACUGCCUCGAACCCUCGGACAAUUCGUUUCCGUGGUCCUUCUAACAGUAAUGACAUUUUGUCUGCAACAAGCUUUCAGUAGCUGGUGCCAGAAUGGCUCGAUCAAGGCUCUCGCUCUCCCAUUCCUGUUCAUGCAACUCGGAAGCGCACUCGACUUGUUGUUUCUGUCACAUGCCAGCCCAAAGGACUUGCGACAUGCGCAUCGAGACGGCACAGACAGACUGCUUUCGUGGUCCGCUGUGGGCCAGAUUCGAAAAGCACUCGUACUUCUCUGGAACUGGCGACGAAUUGGGACGAAAUGGGAGGUCAAGACUAUACCGUGGUCUCCGAUCAAUGCAAAGGCCGCACCUUCACGUGGAGAAUUCCUUCGAGGACGACUACUCACCUUUCUGGUCGCAUACCUGCUCAUGGACUUGAUCACAUUUAUGCCACCUCCAGACGCACAAUUGAUUACAGUCCAGAAGCAAGCCUUGUUCUCGAGACUCUCCGAACUAUCGCCGGAAGAGCUCAUUUCUAGAGUAAUGCUUACUUGCGCAACUGGCUUUUCUGCUUUUGUGCAGAUAACCCUUCUACACAGCGCCGUGUCUUUCGCAGCUGUGGCCAUAGGGCUCGGGAAGCCAGCAGAAUAUCCACCCAUGUUUGGAAGCUUUCUUGAAAGCUACACAUUGCGGCGAUUCUGGGGCAUCACAUGGCAGCAAACCUUGCGCAGGAGCACCACGCAGGCUGGCCAUUUCACCAGCCAACUACUCCAAUUGCAAUUCGGGACGACCCUGUACUCCUUAGUUCUUUUGGUUACGGCAUUCCAAGUGAGUGCGGUCAUACACAUAUUCACGGAUGUUGGGCUUGGGGUUCUAGCAUCUGAGCGUGGAGCCUACUGGUUCUUCACAAUACAGCCCUUCGGCAUCAUCUUCGAAACUGCUGCCAAGGCUAUAUAUCACCGGCACCUACCAUUAAAGUUGAACCCGGUUGCAGAGAGUGUCUUGGGAUAUACUUGGGUCCUAGCCUUCCUGACGUGGUCGGCCCCUACUUGGGCAUAUCCGAUCAUGCGUCAAGUGGGCAAGGGUGACAGAGACCCCAUGGUUCCGUUGAGUGUCAUCCAGUGGAUACUUUCCAGAUCAUGAUUCCGAUUAAUUGAGGACCAAAGAAGGAAGCAUUAUACGGAUAAUUUAGAAGCGACCUUGCAUUGGGAUGAGACCUGAAACGUGAUUAAAAUUACACUAGCUGGGGCUGCCCCUAUCGUGCUAGACGGCUUCAUAAAGGAGCUAUGUUUGUUUUACUGCGGGGACUGAGCCUCCAGAGACGAUUUGGGCAUCUCAUGUCACUCUGUGAUGUACAAUCCGAAGAGGUGCAGGCAUCUUUGGAGCGGCGCAUGAUCUGUCCUCUUAAUUUACAACUUAUCUACUCCCGUAGAAGCAAAAUCCCUUGUGUUGGCCUGCGGCUGUGAAGGUUGAAGAGACGGGUUAUUUCAUUAGCAAGUCUCCCUCGAGCCCAACAACUCAUCCUCAAGUCUUCGUGUUC